AUGACACAUCAGGAGUCACUCGCGACAGAGUGUUCAAAGAACGGAAUCCGCUGGCAUUUCAAUCCUCCCAGGGCAUCGCAUUUUGGUGGCCUCUGGGAGGCAGCCAUCAAGUCAGCACAGCAUUUCAUCCGUGUGAUUGGAACUCAUCUUCUUUCAUACGAUGAUAUGGAAACGUUAUUGUCCCAAAUCGAAAGUUGCUUAAACUCUAGACCUUUGGUACCGAUCAGUGACGACCCGACAGACUUUGAGCCAUUGACACCUGGACACUUUCUCGUUGGAUCUUCGCUAAAGGCAGUACCCGAUAUCGACUUAACCACAACUCCGUUCAAUCGACUGAGAAGGUGGCAGCAAACGCAAAAAUUGUUUCAGCUUAUAUGGAAACGAUGGCAUCGAGAAUACCUCUCUACCCUGCAGCCAAGAGCAAAGUGGUGUAAUUCACCUGUACAACUCGCAACAAAUCAACUAGUGAUUCUUCAAGAUGAUAAUCUUCCGCCAAUGCAGUGGUCAACCGCAAGAAUCGUUUCGUUACAUCCGGGGAAUGAUGGAGUGACUCGCGUGGUAACCGUUCAAACACCCACCGGUCUAUACAAACGUCCAGUGGCAAAAAUUUGUUUGCUGCCAGUCCCAUCUUCUUCCAAUGAGCAGACACAUGACAACAUGAACAAUCAGCAAAAUGAUGACUCAACCUAA